CCUAGAUCUCGUUCAUCGUACUUUCUGACAUGUCUUACGCAUAAUAGAUCGACAGAUAUACAAAAAAAAAACAAACAAAAAAAAGGGAAGUAGUCCUCUUUUAUUUUUUAUUUUUAUUUAUCUGUUGAUUAGGGCCGGAGGAAAGUAUCGUUGGGUUGGUUACCUCCCUCCGUUUUCCCUCCCACCCACCCCUUGCAUGCAUCCCGUUCCGGUACAGUGCCACGUCAGCAGUGCCACGUCACAGUGCCAAGUCACAGUGCCACGUCAGCAGUGCCACGUCACAGUGCCAGAUCAGCAGUGCCACGUCAGCAGUGCCAGGUCACAUUGCCAUGUCAGACAUAGUGCCACAACAGCAGUGCCAUGUCAGACACAGUGGCACGUCAGCAGUGACGUCCGACACAGUGCCACGUCAGCAGUGCCACGUCAGCAGUACCACAUCAGACACAGUGCCACGUCAGCAGUGCCACAUCAGCAGAGCCACGUCAGCAACAUGACGGGCCUGCCAGGCCAACUGGCCAAUGAGACCAUUGCCGCCUACAAGCAGCGUUGCCUGGCUCAGAUAGAGGCUGAGGAACAACGCCUGCUGGCAGUCGAGGCUGCCCGCGUACAGGUUGAAGAGGCAGCAGCAGCAGAGAAGCCGCGGCUACAGGCCGAUGCAGACGCAGAUUCCAGGCUCGCCGCAAGGAAGCCCACGAUCUCCUACAGCGGCAUGAAGCCACAAGCAUCGACAGACUCAAGUGGCUGCUGUCCAGCCGCRAAGCAACAACAAGUCCCGCAACAAUGGGAAGGCGAAAUCCGCAUCGCAGGCAGGACAUGGACAGCCGGUACAAGUUCCAUGGGUCAAGUUCCGCUUGACCGAGGCGGAGUACAAAGUCCGCGGCCGCUACAGCAGCUGCUAUUGGUGCAACAGCACCAAGCACAAUACCUCCCUGUGCCAGGAUCAGGGCAAGGAGGAUGUGCGACCCCGCCUCAGCUCGGGAAACUGAGCUUCACGGAAGGUGAGGCGACUCCACCUUCCACUCCGCCAGAUUCGGCCGCCUUGCUAGCGGCCUCCUGCACAUCUAGGGAGGAUGCGAAUGUCGCAAGUCCUCGGUACACUUACGAGGACUAUGCUGUCCACUUGGUUCCACCGCUGGACCAACCGCUCCACGUGCAACAGUCCAUCGCAUGCACGGUUUCAUCACCAUCGGCAACCGAUUCGGCAGCUUCGCCACAAUCUAUCGUCGGGGAUUCGACGUCAUGGUCMAGACUUGAAGAGCUCGACCCGUUGACGUUCACGGACUUCCAGUGGAUGCCCGUUCCCUCGACCGGACGAUUGCCGAAACCGCAUUGCAAUGUGCUCAUGGCACAAUUGCGGGACUACUUGCACACUGCAGUACCAGCUCCGUUGAUCGACGCCGGAGAAGAGGUUGUCGACCUUCACGCUUACAUCGUGAAGAUCGACCGCGAGUUCAAGACGCAACGGUACGACGACAUCGACGCACCAUUGCUAUACGUACGCAUUCAUAUCGGAGAGGCGACCUGCAGUGCCUUGAUCGAUUGCGGAGCAUCUCGCAACUACAUCAGCCAGGACUUCAUGGUGCGCGUCGGCCUUGGCCCACCCGUCCGAAGGAAGGCCCAGCCUACGCAAGUCACAUUGGCGGACGGUCACACGCACAAGUCAAUCGACCGGUGCAUUGACGACGUCCCAGUGUACUUUGCCCCUCACGCAAGUGAGGCGGUGUCCUUCGACAUUCUGGACACCAAAUUCGACAUGAUCUUGGGCAUGUCAUGGCUGCGAAGCAAGGAUCACCCGGUGAACUUCUUCAACCGCACCGUUCACGUUCGUGAUCGGAACGGAGUACUAGUUCCAUGCCCGGUGCCUCUUCCUCAUCCUUCGAUCAGCUGCCACGUGGUAUCCGCCGCAAGCAUGCGAGCUUCCAUCAUUAGAGACGACAUCGAGGAGAUGGGGGUGUGUUUUCUCCACGCCCUCCCGCCCCAUGACGCUUCAUCGACGAACUCACCUUCGGAUCUACGCAUCACCGAACUUGUCGACGCCUACAGCGACGUGUUCGAAGGCCCGCACGGGGUAGUACCGGAUCGACCCAUCCGCCACGAGAUCAUCCUCGAGGACGGGGCCGUACCUCCGYGCGGUUGCAUCUACCGAAUGAGCGAGGAAGAGUUAAGUGUGCUUCGGGCACAACWCGACGACCUUCUAGAGAAAGGCUGGAUUCGGCCUAGCUCAUCGCCAUACGGUGCUCCUGUUCUCUUCGUCCGGAAGAAGAACAAGGACCUGCGGUUGUGCAUCGAUUAUCGCAAGCUCAACACGCAGACGUUCAGGAACGCUGGCCCUCUCCCACGCAUCGACGACCUUCUCGAGCGAUUGGGCGGCGCCCAGUUCUUCUCUAAGCUGGAUCUCAAGUCGGGGUACCACCAACUCGAGAUUCGCAAGGAGGAUCGCUACAAGACCACGUUCAAGACACAGUAUGGGCAUUUCGAAUGGCUGGUCAUGCCGUUUGGCCUUACGAAUGCCCCAGCCACUUUCCAAGCGGCUAUGACAACGGAGUUCCAACACAUGCUGGAUCGUUUCGUACUUAUCUACCUCGACGACAUUCUGGUUUACAGCCGAAGUCUGGACGAGCAUGUGGAACACCUGCGCACCGUUUUGGAGCRGCUACGACARRCCAAGUACAAAGCAAACCGCGACAAGUGCGAGUUCGCACAGCAGGAGCUGGAGUACUUGGGACACUAUGUGACGCCGCAAGGCAUCCGUCCGCUUGCGGACAAGAUCCCUACGAGUAUGGCCCGAUCCCACCACACCACGGACGUUCGUUCAUUCAUGGGGUUGGYGGGCUACUAUCAGCGAUUCAUCACAGGAUACUCCAGGAUUGCUGCACCUAUGACGAGGUUACAUUCGCCAAAGGUGCCAUUCGUAUUCGAUGACGACGCACGCCGGUCAUUCCAAACACCUAAGACGGCUAUGCUCAUGGCACCCGUCCUUAGCAUCUAUGACCCCACCCUGCCGACGCGAGUGACUACGGACGCUUCUGGCUAUGGCAUUGGGGCAGUCUUGGAACAGCACGACGGCGACGACUGGCACCCUGUGGAGUAUUUCAGCCACAAAGUGCCUCCCAUCAGCUCGCGUGAUGAUGCAAGGAAGAAGGAGCUGCUCGCAUUCGUGAUGGCUCUCAAGCGCUGGCGGCACUUCCUCCUUGGGCGUCGUAGGUUCACAUGGGUCACAGACAACAAUCCAUUCACCUACUACAAGACGCAGGACAUGAUGAGCAGCACCAUCGGACGAUGGAUGUACUUCAUCGACCAAUUUGACUUCACACCGAAACAUGUCCCCGGCCUCUCCAAUCGCGCAGCAGAUGCACUCUCGCGAAGACCUGAUCUUUGCGCUAUGUCACAUCAUGCCUUCGCAUUCGACGAGGAGCUUCAGCGACACUUCAUCCGGGCAUAUCAGUCGAUCCGGACUUCGGAACGCUCUAUGCACAGCUAUCUUCGGAUCACCCGCCGGCCAGCCAUUACCGCAUUGCCGAUGGGUACUUGCUCCUCCACUCGAGAGGCAAGGACYUACUAUGUGUCCCACGCGACCGUCGUCUUCGGACUCGCCUCCUCGAUGAGUACCAUGAUUCAGGACUCGCUGGCCAUUUCGGAGUCAACCGCACUAUUGCACGGCUUCGACCGCGAUUCCGAUGGCCCGACCUCAUUACCGAUGUCACUCGGUAUUGCGACUCUUGCGAAGUUUGCCGACGCAGCAAGCCCCGCAACCGUAAUCCCUACGGCGAGUUACACCCAAAGCCUAUCCCACGGGUACCCGGUCACUCCAUUGCCAUGGACGUCACCGGUCCGUUUCCUCGCGACCGGCUCGAGCACGACGGCAUCCUCACGGUUGUGGACCGAUUGAGAGUCCGACACAACAAUGAAACCAAGUUUGGCUU